AUGGCUCAAUCAGCUAGGACAGCUAUCGCAAGGAAACUACUGCAAUUCACUUCAUGUACAGAAUCACAACUGGUUGGAUUGCUCGGUACCCCUAAAACCGGCACACCAUAUCAGUUCCGGUUGCCCAUACACAAACUGGGGUCCACUGCCGCCGAAGCACGAACAUCCACUCUAUGGCACGAUCGAUUAUCAAAAGAGUUUGCUUCAGACACCUUCAUUGCUAAAGCAGCCACGCAAGGUCCUUUUCUGGAAUUCACCGUUCAACCUUUGACUUAUCUUCAACGGACAUUGCACCAAGUAUAUGCACAAAAAGAACGUUAUGGCUGGAGCGAAUAUUCAGGCACAGGCGUGGAAAAACCGACGGUAGUAAUCGAUUACAGCUCCCCCAAUAUUGCCAAACCAUUUCAUGCAGGUCACUUGCGAAGUACGAUCAUUGGCAAUUUCGUGAAACGAGUGCAUGAAGCCAUGGGAUACCGUGUGAUAGGCAUCAAUUACCUAGGCGACUGGGGAAAGCAAUAUGGUCUUUUGGCAGUUGGAUUCGAAAAGUAUGGAGACGAAACUGCAUUAGCCAAGGAUCCUAUUCACCACCUUUAUGAAGUGUAUGUGAAAAUCAAUGCAGACGCUGCAAAGGAUCCCAAUAUCGACCAACAAGCAAAUGAUUAUUUCAGACGCAUGGAGCAUGGAGAUGAAAAAGCUCUUGAGCAGUGGCGUCGCUUCCGUGAGAUGAGUAUUCGUUCAUAUACAUCCAUCUAUAAGCGUCUGAAUAUCGAAUUCGAACAAUAUUCUGGUGAAUCCGAAACCGAACCGUACAUUGCCAAAGUUCAUCAGCAGUUGAAGCAGUGUGAUCUGAUUACCGAAACCGAUGAUGGGGCGUGGGUCGUGGACCUGGAACAGUAUAAACUCGGCAAACCCAUUGUGCGACGCGCUGACGGUACCAGUCUGUACCUGACCCGGGAUUUGGCCAGUUUGACAUUGCGCAAGGAAAAGUACGGGUUCGAUAAGGCUGUGUAUGUGGUGGGAACCGAACAGUCGCUUUAUCUGCAACAGGUGUUCAAGAUUUACCAACUUUUACAACGCGAUGGUCAUGUCCCUGAGUUGCAUCACGUUAACUUUGGACGGAUCAACGGCAUGUCGACCCGCAAAGGCACGGUAGUAUUCCUGCAAGAUAUUCUUGACACCGCUCAAGAAAAGAUGGAGGAAAAUAUGCAAGAGGGAGGCAACCAGAUGAAAUACGAUCAGUUGUACGAUCAAGGGCUCGAUAACGGCCUGGUCGGUCAGGAUGCCAUCCAUUACAUUGCUGAUAAAUUGGGUACUUCCGCCGUGAUUGUACAGGAUAUGGUAGCCAAACGCAUCAAGAACUAUCAAUUCUCAUGGGAUCGGAUGACCAAAGCGCAGGGGUAUACGGGAGUGUACCUCCAGUUCACCUAUGCACGGAUGUGCGGCAUUGAACGAUAUGCCAAUACCCCGAUUCGUCCGGACUGUGAUCUUUCGUUGCUGAAAGAAAAGGAAGCCUUUGAGUUGGGAUUAAUUAUCUCGCAAUUUCCGGACAUUGUGCGUGGCAGUUAUCGUACUAUGGAUCCAUGUACGCUUGUUCAAUAUCUCUUUAAACUUUCGCACGCUAUCAGCCAAGCGAAUCACCUGUUACGCGUGAAAGAUACAGACAAACAUAUUGCGGAGCCACGGAUGUUGCUUUUUUGGGCUGCCAAAACCACUCUCGCCAAUGGCCUUCGACUCAUUGGCAUUGAACCUCUUGAACGCAUGUAA